CAGGGCGAGUUCGAACAUCGGCGAGUCAAACAGUUCUACAGACGCACUAACAAGAAUCAGGCUUUCGGCGGACAAAUUGCCCGGGAGGUUCGUCGCGCCGAAAUCAUCCACAAGAUCCAGCAAUCACAGGGCAACGGUGCCAAGCCACGCAACAAGACACGGAAACCGAAGAGGGCCUCCGCAGCUUGUGGAAAGCGACUGCACGUUCAUUUCGAGCAAGCGGAACCCCUUCCGCCCACUCAGCCCAACCGGCACUAUCACAUUUCAGAUGAGAAGCGGUUUCCAGUUCGACUCGAUGACUUCCUGUACGAUAACGAGGGCGAUCCAGCAUGCGAAAAUUUUGUAUGGGAACUCAAGGCGCAUUUACACCGCCGGUUGCCAGGUGGCGAAACACUACCCCCGGACUAUAUGCCCACGGUCGACGACAUCUUCUCCGUACGGAUCGAAAACGACAAACUCUAUCAGCACAAGGUCUUCCGGUUAAACUACACGACGUAUGACAUGCGACGAGACCAAGACUCCAUCAACCCCCGGACUCAUCCCGAUAUCAUGAUGCUUGCUCCCGAAGGGGCCCCCCACCCAUAUUUGUAUGCCCGUGUCAUCGGAAUCUUCCAUGUUGAGGCAUACCGCGCUGGCGAGAGUUUGGAUGGUGCUGACGACACUGAUAUGGAGCUUAUUCAUGUUCUAUGGGUUAGGUGGUUCGACCUCGAUCCCCGCGCUCCUGGCGGGUUCAAGGCACGUCGUCUCCCGCGCCUCAAGUGGGCGGCACUCGACGACGGCGCAUUCGGAUUCGUGUCUCCGGACCAGGUUCUACGUGCCGCACACCUGAUGCCGGCUUUUGCGCAUGGGCAGUCGGAUGCCGCGCUGCCGGGUUAUAGCGUUGCACGCCACGAAGAUGACGAAGACACAGAUUGGAAGUUUCAUUACGUCGGAAUGUAA